AUGGAAUCCUUACAUUUUUCCAAGUUGGGACUGAAGGAUAUAGCAGAUAAGCUUCCCGGAAAAAGAGUUUUGAUGAGAGUAGACUAUAACGUACCCAUUAAGCAAGGGAAGGUGGCUGACUUAACCAGGGUGAAAGCAACCAUACCAAGCAUCAACUUCCUGCUUGAAAACAAGGUUAAAUCAGUGGUGUUGAUGUCGCACUGCGGUAGACCAGAUGGAGAAACUGUGGAAAAGUACUCACUCAUGCCAGUAGUUGAGCCGCUAAAGGAGCUGCUGGGACGCAAGGUGACCUUCCUGGACGACUGCGUGGGAGAAGCAGUGGUGAAGGAGUGCCAGGACCCAGAAGAAGGAUCAAUAUUCCUGUUGGAAAAUCUGAGGUUCCACGGCGAGGAGGAGGGAACGAAGAAGGGCUUUAAGCUGGACAACAGACUUAUCGAAAAGUUCAGAAGAUCACUGUCGAAGCUGGGAGACAUUUUCGUCAACGACGCAUUCGGAACGGCGCACAGAGCACACAGCUCAAUGGUGGGAAUUGACAUGAAGCUGCGCGUGGCAGGCUUCCUGAUGAAGAGGGAGCUCGACUACUUCGCAAAGGUCAUGGAGAACCCGGAGAGGCCCUUCCUGGCGAUCCUGGGAGGAGCGAAGGUGAAGGACAAGGUGAAGCUGAUCAUGUCGCUGCUGGAGAAGGUAGAUGCGCUCAUCAUAGGAGGCGCGAUGGCGUACACCUUCAAAAACGUGCUCAUGGGCAUGCCUGUGGGCAACUCGCUGUUCGACGCGGAGAGCACGCACCUGGUGAAGGACAUCGUCGACAUGGCUAAAGAGAAGAACGUGACGGUGGUGAUGCCAGUGGACUUCCUGGUGACGACCAAGUUCUCAAACGACGGGCCCGUGAAGGUGGUCUCAGACAAGGAGGGAGUGCCCCAUGGCUGGAUGAGCCUGGACUGCGGAGACAAGUCGAUUGACCUUUUCAAGGAGCACGUGCUCUCGGCGAAGACGAUAGUGUGGAACGGCCCUCUGGGCGUCUUCGAGUUCUCAAACUUCGCGAACGGAAGUAACCGGAUGCUCGACCUGGUGAUAGAGGCCACCCGUAACGGAGCGACGUCGAUCAUUGGCGGAGGGGACACUGCUGCGCUGGCUGAGUCCUCUGGCAAGGCUGACCAGUUCAGCCACGUGUCCACGGGCGGAGGCGCCUCCCUGGAGCUGCUGGAGGGCAAGGUGCUUCCGGGCGUGGCAUUCCUGACCGACAAGGCAUAA